AUGAAUGUUGACGAAGACACCAAGCCCAAUGUGAUGGCAUUGGAAAUGAGUGCGAACGUGAGCGUCAGGAGUGACUCUCUCAACGCCUACGACCCUGUGCCGCAGUCGCAGGGUGAGUCGAGGCCCCCAAUCAAGCGCAGGGCCCCAAUCGCCUGCCGAAGAUGUCGACGGAUGAGGAGCAAAUGCAUUCAUGACAAAGCACAGCCGCCAUGCAAAUCUUGCGCUGAGGCAGGCCUGCAAGCGAGUGACUGUGUUUUCCCCCAGCGUGGCCAGCCGGACCUCGAUCGCGAGUAUCGCCACCCACGCUUGAGGGCCGAAAAGACAGCCAAGCGAGAAGCCGACAAGGCACGACGCAGUGCCUCCGAGUCCAUCCCCCGGGGCCCAGGAGCACCGGCACUCCGGAAACCUGCGGACGAGUGGGAGCAUCUUCCACCGCUCUCCGAGGUUGUUGAUGCCGUCUACGUUUUCACGCGCAAGUAUUUUCAACUUGGCUUUAUUCCGAAGGUGCUGUUUCCUCAGCAGCUGCAGCGCGACCACCGUUCCGUCAGUGUCUUCCUUGUGCUCGGCAUCCUCAGCAUCUCAGCGCGCUUCUCUCCGGCCCUGAUCGAGAGGUUCGAAGGAGAAAUGAAAGCAGUCGACUUCUUCAUGGAAAGGGCCAGCAAUCUUGCGCUGAACGAACUGUACCAAGAACCGACGCUGGAACGAUGUCAGGCGUUCUAUUUGCUCAGUCUAGCCCAGCAGGGUAGCGGUUGGAGGAACAGGAGCUACAUAAACAUUGGCAUUGCUACGAGGAUGGCUGUUUUGAUGCAUUUACACCGAGAAGAGUUCUACAAGAUGAAGAAUCCCACGAAAGAAAUGAUCAUUAGAGCCGAAUCUGCACGGAGAACCUUGUGGAUGCUGCACAGCCAGGAUAACCUCCACUGCGGCGCUCUCUCUCCUGUUUCGCUCGCCGCCAAUGAUAUUACCGCCCUGCUCCCCAGUAACGAAGACGACUUUGCCAACGGCCGCGAGCCCUUCUCACGGGCGGCGCUUGAGGAUACACCGCCAGCUCGCGAUAACCCGGCUUUGAUCCAUCAGCCGUCACGAUCUCUUUUCGCCAGCCUAAUACAGGCGCACUAUUACUGGGGUAAAGUGGCGCGUCGCGCAAUGGCAACCAUGAAGAGCGCAAACCCUUGGGAUCCGACGAGCGAAUAUGCGAUUAUGGCUAAACAACUCAUGCACUGGGAGCAACAGCUUCCCGCAGACCAUCGCUGGAGCAUGGUGUUAUUAAAGGGACACAAGACAGUUGGCGAGGAUUUGGCCUACUUGGGGGUGACGAUGAUCACGAAGCUCUGCAAUAUCGUUCUGAGGAGGGCAUACUUGGACAAUAUCAUCAAGACGGACGAUAAGGACCCCCAGCGCCGAGCAUUCUUCUCGCAUAUGUCGGAUGACCUCUUCCGUAACGUGCGGGACCUAUACGAGCAAGUCGAUGCGCAAUUCAGUGUAAGAUCGUCAGAAGAGGGCGUUGGCGCUCAGAUGGCUUCGUUUUGUGUCUACAGCUGUGGUCUCUUCUCGACGUAUCUGGUCAAGUACAAGAACAUCUGUUCCGAUAAGUCGAUUGUGGCACAAGCUCCUAAUAUGCUUCAACGAUGCAUGUCUAUUCUCAUCGAAUCCAAGCAGACAUGGCCGCUGGCAUCCCGAUGGCUCGAGUCUCUGGAGCGCUUUUCGCGGGAUCCCAAGGCUACUGCAUACAGCCUGGAGGGCAGCAUGGCAGAUGGCAACGAUCGCACCCUGCGUCCGUUGCAUCCCUCUCCCUCAGCCUUUGGCAAACAACGCACCGAAGCGCCGAAAUUCCAGAUGCCCGGCCCUCCGCCGACACCGCUCAACGAGAAGAAGCCACCUCCUAUCCGUCACGGAAGCACCAGCAGUAACACUUCCAACAUCCUUCCUCCCCCGAGCCCUUCUCCCAACUUCCAGCAGCAACAGCAGCAGCAACACAACGCGCCGUUGCCGCUUCCACCUCUGAACACGCCCCAGCAGUCUCACGUUCAUCAGCAACACCAACCCUCUACACAUCACCAGCAGCAGCAGCAGCAACAUCAGCAUCAGCACCAUCAAAUGCAGCAGCUCCAGCACCAACAACAGCAGCAGCACCACCUAUCACAUCUACCCCAACCUCACCAUCAGCCACAGGCGCAAAUGCAGCACAUACCUCCCGAGCUGCAGCAGCACUUUUCUCCAGCAAUGUACGCCCAGGCUCCACCGCCAUACAGCCCGAACAAUGGCAUGGGCAUGCUUGUCCAGGCGGCUGCCUUCGACACAAGCCCCGUGGGAGGACCAUCACCAGGGACCCCAUACGAUGCGGUCACCGCAGCCACCGUUGCCGCCUUCUACUCGUCUCCUGAAUCUGUCAAUAUCACUUUGGGCCCCGGCACCGACGGCUUCGAGUGUGAGCUGCAAAGCUGGUUCGAUGGAACGGCUCCCGUACAGGCAACUAGCUGGAUUGGCAACGGCGCGGCGGGUCUGGGCUGGUUCGGACCAAACUAA